GGAAAACGAAACCUAACAGAAUAUAGGCUCUCACAGUCACAACAGGGGACAACAAACAACAGAUCAGUACAACCACACUAAAAAGAUGGAACGAGGAAAAGGAGGAACUCAGAGGACUCUGUUCCUGUUGACACUCUGUCUACAAGCCUUCACUGGUCAAUGCCAAGUUUCAGGGCAGCUCUCUGACCUCAGGAUAGUUCUGGUGGGGAAGACUGGAUCAGGGAAGAGUGCAACAGGAAACACCAUCCUGGGAAAAAAUGUGUUUAAAGUGGAGGCUUCUCCAGUGUCUGUGACUGCACAGAGUGAGAAACAGAGUGGAGUGGUGGAUGGGAGGAAGAUUGAUGUCAUCGACACCCCGGGGCUCUAUGACACAACACUGUCUAAAGAAGAGAUGAAAAGUGAAAUAGAAAAGGCCAUCUACAAGUCAGUCCCAGGACCCCACGCCUUCCUGCUGGUGAUCAGACUGGGGAGGUUCACAGAGGAGGAGAGGAACACUGUGAAGUGGAUCCAGGACAACUUUGGAGAAGAAGCCUCAAUGUACAUCAUCAUUCUGUUCACACAUGGAGAUCAACUGGAGGGCAAAACAGUGGAGGACUUGGUGAAUGAGAGGAAUAUAUAUAUCUGUGGGGGCAGAUAUCACUCCCUAAAUAAUAACAAGAGAAAACACAACACUCAGGUCCCAGAGCUGCUGAAGAAAAUAGAGGAGAUGGUGGAGAAGAAUGACGGACAACCCUACACCAGUGAGAUGUACCAGGCGGCCCAGAGGAAGAUUGAAGAGGAGGAGCUGAGGAUAGUUCUGGUGGGGAAGACUGGAUCAGGGAAGAGUACAACAGGAAACACAAUCCUGGGUAAAAAUGUGUUUAAAGUGGAGGCUUCUCCAGUGUCUGUGACUGCACAGAGUGAGAAACAGAGUGGAGUGGUGGAUGGGAGGAAGAUUGAUGUCAUCGACACCCCGGGGCUCUAUGACACAACAAUGUCUAAAGAAGAGAUGAAAAGUGAGAUAGAAAAGGCCAUCUACAUGUCAGUCCCAGGACCCCAAGUGUUCCUGCUGGUGAUCAGACUGGGGAGGUUCACAGAGGAGGAGAGGAACACUGUGAAGUGGAUCCAGGAGAACUUUGGAGAAGAUGCCUCAAUGUACACCAUCAUUCUGUUUACACAUGGUGAUCAACUGAAGGGCAAAACAGUCAAAGGGUUUCUGGCUCAGAGCAAAGAGCUACGGAGACUCAUCAAUAUGUGUGGGGGCAGAUAUCACUCCCUAAUCAAUGACAAGAGAAGAGACAACACUCAGGUUAGAGAGCUGCUGGAGAAGAUCGAGGAGAUGGUGGUGGAGGACAAUGGAGGAGAACACUACACCAAUGCUGACUAUGAAGCGGCUCAGAGAAAGAUCAUAGAGGAGAAUAUGUAUAACUGUAAACUGGCAGCGUAUGGCGGUCUAGCCGCAGCAGGACUAGGGAUGGUGUUUGCUCCACCAGUAUUGGUGGCAGCAGGUGUAGCUGUAGGUGUCAGCCAAGGGUUUGAAUGCACUAAGGAGAUGCUAGGCUUUUACAGACAACGAUAUACAGAACUGUGCAACCACACUAAAAUUGUAAUAAUGGCACGAGGAAGAGGAAGGACUCUGAGGAUUCUGUUCCUGUUGACACUCUGUGUUGUACCUGGUCAAUGCCAAGUUUCAGGGCAUCCCUCUAACCUGAGGAUAGUUCUGGUGGGGAAGACUGGAUCAGGGAAGAGUGCAACAGGAAACACCAUCCUGGGGAGGGAGGGGUUUAAAGUGGAGGCUUCUCCGGUGUCUGUGACUGCAACGUGUGGGAAACAGAGUGGGGAGGUGGAUGGGAGGAAGAUUGAUGUCAUCGACACCCCGGGGCUCUAUGACACAACAAUGUCACAAGAAGAGAUGAAAAGUGAAUUAGUCAGGUGUAUAGAACAGUCAGUCCCAGGACCCCACGCCUUCCUGCUGGUGAUCAGACUGGGGAGGUUCACAGAGGAGGAGAGGAACACUGUGAAGUGGAUCCAGGAGAACUUUGGAGAAGCAGCCUCAAAGUACACCAUCUUGCUGUUCACACAUGGAGAUCAACUGGAGGGUAAAUCAGUGGAGGAGUUUCUGGCUGAGAGCAAAGAGUUACGGAAACUCAUCAAUAUCUGUGGGGGCAGAUAUCACUCCCUAAACAAUGACAAGAGAAAACACAACACUCAGGUCCCAGAGCUGCUGAAGAAGAUAGAGGAGAUGGUGAAGAAGAAUGGAGGAAAACACUACACCAAUGAGAUGUACCAGGAGGCCCAGAGGAAGAUCGAAGAAGAGGAGGAGAGGAAGAGACAGGAAGAGGAGAAGAGAGAGAGAGAGAGGAGACAGGAAGAGGAAGAAAGAAGAAGAAGAGAAGAGAAAUUGAAUGACUGCAAGUGGUCAGCACUUGCCAGUACGGCUGCAUUGGGGUUGGGAGCCAUGUUCAGCUCUCCAUGGUCGUUAGCAGCAGGGGCUGCAUUAGCCGCUGUUAAAGGUUAUCAGUGCAUGGGCACCUAUUUCACCUCAGGUAGUUCCAACUCAGAAGACCAGAAGGAAUAAGAUUUCCACAUCCACCAUCUCAGAUUAAGAUGAAUUAUUGUGUUAUAUAAUAUAAAAUUAAGAUGAAUUAUUGUGUUACAAAAUAUAAAUGUAAUUUGAUCUCUGAGAAAUAAGCUAAUUUAUUGUGGCCAAAUUUGACAUUUUAAUGAAUUAGAUUCAUAUACUAUUCAAUAAAUAUAGUACCCAA